GUUUUUGUUUUUCAGUUAUUAUGAUCAAGACUAUUUUAAGGCUUUAACCAUCUAAUCUUUUGAUUGUCAAUUGAUUUUAUUAAUAGAUUUCACUAUUAUUAGCAUUUCCAGCAAAUUAUCGCGUUACCAUUUUCGUGGUUAGGUUCAUUUUCAAUUUCACUUUCACCCAGUUUGGAUUAAAUUUUUGCUCAUUUAGUCUUAAUUGACUUUGUGUCCAUCACAGUGUCCAUUUCAAUUGUGAUCAGUGGCAAAGUUUAAAAAUGAUUUUCAGUUCAAUUCUCAUCUUUUUGGUCGCUUUGAUUCCAACCGUGUUUAACCCAUCGGAUGCGAAGGAAUCUAAAGAGGAUGAAAAGGAAGGCAAAGGUAGCAAUAAACCAAUGAUCAUCAUGUUAGGUAAUCAAGGAUCUUCCAACAAUGGUGGUAUGAAUGGAGGAGGGUGGGGAAAUGGAGGUAAUAAUAUGGGUUGGGGUGGAGGUGGUGGUGGUGGGCCUAAUGGCAUGAUGUGGGGUGGCAAUGGAGGUGGAAACUGUAACGGAGGCUGUAACAAUAUGAUGAUGUCCAAUAAAAUGUCUCAAGAUCCAUCUAUGCAAACUAAAUUUGUUCCUGUUCCAAUACCUUACAUGGUUCCAAAAAAGUCAUCCAAAAAUGGUGAUGGCGAUGAUUAUGAUGAUGAUGAUUAUAGUGAUGAGGGCGAUAUGAUGAUGGAUUUGAUGAACAAAAUGAAUGGUAUAAAUAGUAUGAACGGUAUGAAUGGUUUCAAUGGGAUGAUGCCUGGUAUGAAUGGUAUGGAUAUGAUGAAAAAAAUGAAAGAUAUGCAAAUGAUGAAAAUGAUGAAGAAAAUGAUGAAAAAACAGAAAGAUAAUAGAAACAGAAGAGGUGGAGGAGGAAAGUGUUGUCCAGUUAUGAGGGUAAUCACCAACAAAGCACCAAUGAAGCAACAAACACAACCCAAACCUCCAGCGACUCAAUUAAUGAUCCUUCCAGUUCCAAGUCCGAUGCCGGUUCCAAUGCAUAUGCAAGGACAUAAAUCAAUGCCUAUUCCGAUGCCAGUUCCUUAUCCUCUUCCAGUCCCGGCUCCAUCAUCAGCUCGGCCUCCUGUAUCAAUGACUAUGCCAGUAAACAUGGCAAUGUCUAUGCCAAUGUCCAUGCCCAUGAUGAUGCCCAUGGCGAAUCAGCCAAUACCAAAGAAUGAUCAUCACCACCACCAUCAUCAUCAUCAUACAUCGAAUGGAUGGGAAUCUGCAAAAUCGAAAAGUUGUCCGUCCACUGGAUGGUCACAAGUUCCAACCUCAAAUUCAAUGGCAACUGGAUGGUCAACACCUUCAUCAGGUUGGUCAUCAUCCCCUUACCCAUCACAACCGCCUCCUCCUCCUCCUCCCUCUUCUUCAUCAUCUCCUCCUAACACUGGUUGGACAAAUUCACCAAAUGGUCCAUCAGCAAAUCCUGGAAUGACAAUUACCUUAAAAUUACCAUCCUCAAAAUCAACAGGGUGGACAUCACCAUCUUCCUCUUCACCAAUAUCAUCUCAGAACUGGGGACCUUCUUUACCGGCAACAGUCAAUAUGGUUGACUCUUGGGAUACACCGAAACCAACUGCAGCCUUAGCUUACAAGGCUGCAAGUGUGAUCCAACCCAUUGCUGUUACUGACUGGAUUUGAUAACUUGAAAAGCUCAUGAACAUAUUAUAAAUCAAGGAUACGGGUAUUCUAGGAUCUCUACACAAUUUACCUGCAGUUUAUGUUAACAUUAAAUCAUUAAACAUCCACGAAACUUGAGUUAUGGCCAAUUUGAGUAUCUUUUAGCACUUUCAAAUGAUCAAACACAGAGACUGCCAGAAGUACCCUGUGAAAGGUCUAUUCAUCUAUUGGUGACCAACCACAAUUUCAAUUGUUAUUGAAUCUACAAAAGAUGAAAUUACUAAAGUGACGGAGAAACAAUUACAUUCAGUAGGUUUACUUCAUUUUCGUGUAUAUUUGAUUAGCAUGAUUAUUACAAUACCAAGUGCCAUUGAGAGGGACUUUUUUGAACCUCUAAACACACAGUUAUAUUCAAUCAUUUAAUUUUGAUCAACUGAUCGUUUUAAUUUUUUGUUUUCCUUUGAUCAACAGUCAACUGUAUAAAAUCACUUCUCAUGUUGAACAAUCAGUUGUUUAAAAUUUUACAUUUCUGUGUUGAGGUGAUGAUUGAAAGUAUAACCUCAUUGAGAAAACAUUGAACAACAAUUUUAUCAUUUCUUGUUUUGUUCCUUCAAAUCAAUGUAAUCUCUUAAUCAUUUGUAAAUGCUAUCAAAUUACGUCUGAAUUGUUACAAAAAAAAUAUCAACCAAUUACCCGUUUUUCAAUAUCUUUGUAAAUCUUGCACCUUUUCAAUUUAAUAAAAUUAAGUCAAGGGAAGAACCAUUUGAAUUAGCAAAAGCGUUUUAA